CGCAGUUGUUUUUGUGUCUGGUCGCGCGAAAAUAAAUCCGGAUAUAGUAGAAUACAACCAUGAAGCGAUCCAACUGGACCCACGUUUCGUCUGAAUGAUGCGAUAAACGGGAGCGGCGGUACUGCAGGCUGACAGCGACCCCGUCCACCCGGAAUGUUCUCCGUGCACGCCGUCAGUCUGUGUGGAUUCCAGGGUUGUGUGCGCCGUGUUUCAGUCCUGACUUGGAUGUGAGACGUGGGAACAUCUCGACGUGGUUCUAGCCGUACAUGUCAUCCGUCACCCAGUCGGAAAACUUCCCCGCUAAACCGGACGACCGGAGAAUGGGAAUCCACCGGAGCUAGUUCCUGAAGAGACGGGUUCAGAAGAGCAGCCAGGUUCGUGCGGGGAUACGGUUUCCUGUUGUCGCCCGUCCGCCCGCGUCCAUUCCUCGGUCAAAUCAUCUUCAGUCCUGGUGAAAAUGCAGACCUUCCUCAAAGGCCGGAGAGUCGGGUACUGGCUCAGCGAGAAGAAGAUGAAAAAGCUGAAUUUCCAGGCCUUCGCCGAUUUGUGCAGGAAAAGAGGAAUUGAAGUUGUUCAGCUGGACCUCAACCUCCCCCUGGAGGAGCAGGGACCCCUGGACGUGAUCAUCCACAAGCUGACAGAUCUCAUCCUGGAGGCCGACCAGAACGACUCGCAGGCCGUGCUUCAGGUGCAGAGAGUGCAGGACUACAUGGAGGCCCACCCCGAGACCAUCAUCCUGGACCCCCUCCCUGCCAUCCGCACCCUCCUGGACCGCUGCAAGUCCUACCAGCUCAUACACAAGAUAGAGGACUGUAUGCAAGACGAGAGGCUCUGCUCUCCCCCCUUCAUGGUUCUGAACCAGGAGUGCGGCCCGGACACGCUGGAGCAGAUCGGGAAACACGGCAUCACGUUCCCCUUCAUUUGCAAAACACGGGUGGCCCAUGGAACCAACUCUCACGAGAUGGCCAUCAUCUUCAGCGAGGAGGACCUUAUAAACGUGCGGCCGCCUUGCGUGAUCCAGAGCUUCAUCAACCACAACGCCGUGCUCUACAAGGUGUUUGUGGUGGGCGACGCCUACACGGUGGUGGAGCGCCCCUCCCUGAAGAACUUCCCCUUCGGACCCGCAGCACCUGGGCUCAGCAGCACAGAACCAAGCCAUGUCGGACCAGAGCCCACCUCAGACCGGAGAGCCAUCUUCUUCAACAGUCACAACGUGUCCAAGCCUGAGUCGUCCUCCGCCCUCACCUCGAGGGACAACGUGGAGGGGCUGUCCCAGCCGCCCUGUGACCACGUGAUCCGGGAGCUCUCCCGCUCCCUGCGGCAGUCGUUGGCCGCGUCGCUGUUCGGCAUCGACGUCAUCAUCAACAACCAGACGGGGCAGCACGCCGUCAUCGACAUCAACGCCUUCCCCGGUUACGAGGGCGUGCCGGAGUUCUUCAACGACCUGCUGAACCACAUCACCGGCCUGCUGCAGGCGCCCAGCGCCGACAGCCCCCCGGCCACGCCCGCCACCGCCAGCGAGCCGCCCAAGGGGCCGACCGGCCUCGCCAUCCCCCCGAGCUCGGAGCCCCCCGCCGGCGGCUGCGGCCCCCCGGGCAAGGAGGCCGGGGGGGGGAGCCCCUGGAUCGUGGAGGGGGACGCGGCGCUGAAGGGGGCCCGCCAGAGACUGGGCUGCAACUCGGCCGUGUCGCCCAACUUCCAGCAGCACUGCGUCUCAACCAUGGCCACCAAGGCCUCCUCGCAGUGACCUCUGACCUCCGACCUCCAGCCCCCACCCCCUCCCCGCAGGCCCCCCCCUCCCCCCCUCCCCGAGGCACACCAUCCACCCUGACCAGAUGGGAUAACAACGCUUGACUCUAAUAAUAAGUGAUUGGUCAUAAUAGUUAUAAUAUAUCUGUAAUCAAACAAACAAAACUUUUUCCGAUUCGAUGGUGAUUAGGUGACGGCUUUCUUUCUCUCUCGCUCUGCCUUUUUGUAUGUUUGAUUUGGUCGCAGAAGACCUGACAAUGUGAUGUGAACCAUUGGGAACUCUGUAAUAACUUCUGUCGCUGAAGGGUUGGGGGGGGGGGGGGGGGGGUGGUGUAUGUGUGGGGGAAUGCCCAUGUAAGGUGAUAAGGCCGAGAGGGACACUCGAUUUCGGCCCCGGGGAGAAACCCUCAGCGGGGCAGGUUUAACGUUCCGGUGGCUCGCUCCCGUUUUGUAUUCCGAUGACAUUCGCUCCCCUGUCCCCGCGUGGCCGGAGAACCACUCAAGGUGUUUUCAGCGUGGCAGAGUUCCGACCAGACCAAGAUAUUGACGUCGGCACGAGGUCGGUCAAUCAGAGUUCUGAGCUGUUUACUAUUCUGCGUGCCAUCAACAUGUCAUUCUCACAGCUCGCCGGUUGGAAAUCUACUCAAGGACCCCCGCCGAAACCACCGCAGACACCACCGUGACCAGUCAGGAGACGUUGGCUCCGAGGUCAUGUGACCAAAUGUCGUUUUGGUUCUAGCCGACCGUGGAAGUUCCAUGUUGUCGGUCCGGAGCGUUGUGUUGCUCCGGAGUGCUGUGGGUCGGUUCGGGGCGCUUUGGGUCAGUUCGGAGCGCUUUGGGUCAGUUCGGAGCGCUUUGGGUCAGUUCGGAGCGCUUUGGGUCAGUUCGGAGCGCUGUUGGUCAGUCCGGAGCGCUGUGGGUCGACCCGGAGCGUUGUGCUGCUCCGGAGCAUUGUGUUGGGCCUGUAGCGCUGUGGGUGGGCCCGGAACGCUGCAUCGUUCCAGAGCGUUGUGGGUCAGCAGGUGUUUAGUGUUGCCCCAAACAGCCCAGCGUCGUGGCUUGGGGCUCAGGCCCUGGUUCAGUGUUUUCCAGACAGCACUGUACAUAAAAUCACAUUCCGUUAUCCAAAGGAUUCCAUAGUGUUUGAAUUCCAAGUGCUUGAUCAGGGCUGCGGUCAAACGGCCUCUCUAUUUUGUCAUGCCUCUAAAUUACUUCCACAUCAUCCAUGUGGGAAAUCGUGCAAAAGGUUUUAAACGGAAAUCUGCUGAAGAAGAUUUUUGGAAAUGAGACGUCAGUCACCUGCGGUGCCGUUUCUAUAGAGGUUUAGGUAAAUUACAAUUGACGAGACUAAAAACCAAUUGACUUUUAUAUUUGUUUGUAAAAGUGAUUAGACUAAAACAAGUUGUAAACUAUUUAAUUGUCCACUAAUCUAAAUUGGAAUAGAUAAUUUGCGACGGUGACAGGGAUAUUUCCCAAUGAUUCGAUUUUUUGCUUAUGGAUCCUUUGACCUUCUAAUAUAAUAAAACCCUGACUUCAGCACUUACGCCAGCCGCAGUUAUUGAGCAACCCGUGGUUCUAGCGUAGUGGGGUUCGAUUCCCUCCCCUACCUUCCGUUCCAGCUGCUGUGUUUUUAUGUGAAAACGAUGAUUUGAGUUUUAAAAACAGAAAAUCCUUUUUCCUGCUCCCAAUGUUCACUGUGAGAACUUUUUUACUCCUGUUUUAGGUUGUCUGUCCUGAUAUCUACAAAAUCUAACUUUAUUUUAUUGAGAUUUUAUUGGGGAGGGAAGGGUGAUUUCAUUGAUAUAUCUGUAUCUAUCUACUUAUAUCUAUAAAGAUGUAUAGAUAUGUCAAACAAUGAAAAUGAGUAAGCGAGUGAAGUAAUGAACAAACCUUGGAUGUUUAUCAGAUGGUGAACUACUGGGCGUGAGGAGGAGCGCCUGUCAGUAAGGGGGGAGACGGUAGCGGUAGUACUAACGAUAGUCAUUGGAGCUAUUUUUACAGAAUCUCCGGCCCUUUAGAGAAGGGGAAUAUUCCAUUUAUAUGCCAUUUUUCAUGGCGACAACAUGAGUCGUUACAGCUACUGUUAAAUUAUCAUAAGUAUGUUAUAUUUGGAGAAAUCGAGGUGAGGGUGCUCUGGGAAAAGAUUGUCCCUGGUAUUCCUGCCGGGAGCGGAGGUGGAGGAAUCGAAACUCCUCCUCUUUUACUGAUGGUGGUUGGUCGUGUACACGGUAACAGGGCGUGUCCGUCGUGCUCUCCUGUGUUCUGGGGGAACUAAACUGUUGUGUACGCAACUAUACUGUAUGUCCUACGUUGUGUUCUCCUUUGUGUGUGCUUCUACAUGGGAAAUAAAUGGUUAACCCUGAA